AUGCUUCAUUCAGAUCAUCCGCCCCUGCCGUUGCGGCUCGACGACGUGCGAGGUGCAAUGCUCCGAAGACCAAGCUAUGGCCCGUGCGUGCGCCCACAGCAAGAGCGGGCCCAUGCGGGAAGCUACUCGCUUGUGGUUUACACCACUGCUCGUGUCACGUGGACAUGUGCGACGACUGCUACUCUACUUGUGGCAAGCCUUGGAAACUCUGGCAACCUGCCCUACAUGCGUGCCAGCUUCCUUGCUAUGCUCCUGCCUCCUGUGACGAGUCUGGGCCGCGCCUCGCAAUCAUUGCCAUCACCUGCUCUUGCGGCCGCUUCUGCCAACCCAUCCCCUGCGGCCACUGCCUCUCAAACCCCGGGGGCCGCGAAAGCAGCCAGCAGUAUAAGUGCUCAAACGAAUGCGUCAUCAGCAAGCGCAAUGCGCGCUCAGCAUCAACCCGGACUGCGAUGGCCACGCCAACCAAGUCGCAUACUUGGACGAGCUCUGCGCACAAACGCGAAGUUCUACGUGCUCAUCGAGAAGAGCUUCGCGGACAUCCUCACGAUGGACAAGAAGAGUCAGAUCCUGCCGCACACGCCCGAGCAGAAGCGCAAGUUCGCGCAUGACCUCGCAGCUGUGCACCGCACGGACACCCAGGUGCUUGAUCGGGAACCGCACCGGAGUGUGCAGCUCAUCUAG